CUCUCUCUCACUCUUCUCUCUCUCUCUGAUAUCUCCGCCGCUGCUCUACUCUCAAUUCCGGUCACUCUCCGCCGCUCCACUCCCUCCAUUUCAAGAGAGUUGGGUUUUGUUUUGGACUCAGAUGGAGGUUGGCAUUGUGUGAGCUUGCACUGUAGCAGCGGUGACUUUUUCAACAGUGCUGCCGUGCUUGGUUGGGAUGCUGCUGAGGAAGUGGAGCUGGAUUUCGAAGUAGUCAGAAGGCCGGGAGGACUUAGGCAUUUGCAUUAACAGUGACGGUGCCAAGGAGAAUUCUGAAAGAGGAGUGCAGUGCAAAUGUCGAAGUCCUCCUCCCCUGAACUACGGGAACCUGUGUCUUCGUCUACUUCUCGGUCAAGGGAUGUAGAUGAAACAACCAUGGAUGAUGAAGAAGGUACAAUGGCAAGUGUUGCUCAAUUUGUUGAGCAACUACAUGCCAGCAUGUCUUCACCGAAAGAAAAAGAAGUCAUUACAGCACGUCUGCUAAGUAUUGCCAAAGCAAGGAAGGAUGCAAGAACAAUAAUUGGUUCACAUUCCCAGGCUAUGCCAUUGUUCAUAAAUAUUCUCAGGAGUGGCACCCCAGUUGCAAAGGUUAAUGUUGCGGCAACUCUGAGUGUUCUGUGUAAAGAUGAAGACUUGCGUCUUAAAGUACUUCUUGGGGGGUGCAUCCCACCGUUACUUUCACUUCUGAAAUCCGAAUCAACUGAGGCCAGGAAGGCUGCAGCUGAAGCUAUAUAUGAAGUUUCUUCUGGAGGGCUUUCAGAUGAUCAUGUUGGCAUGAAAAUAUUUAUUACAGAAGGUGUUGUUCCAAAUUUGUGGAAUCAACUGAAUCCGAGCAGCAACCAGGACAAAGUAGUAGAGGGAUUUGUUACAGGGGCUCUAAGAAAUCUUUGUGGUGACAAGGAUGGUUACUGGAGAGCAACACUUGAGGCUGGUGGUGUAGAUAUCACUGUGGGUCUCCUGUAUUCUGACAAUGCGGCUGCCCAGUCCAAUGCUGCGUCCCUUUUGGCCCGUCUCAUGUUGGCUUUCAGUGAUAGCAUCCCUAAAGUAAUAGAUUCUGGAGCUGUCAAAGCUUUGCUUCGGCUCGUGGGUCAAGAAAAUGACGUUUCUGUUCGUGCCAGUGCUGCUGAUGCUCUGGAAGCUCUUUCUUCAAAGUCAACUGGUGCUAAGAAAGCUAUUGUUGAUGCAAAUGGUCUUCCAGUUUUGAUUGGGGCUAUUGUUGCUCCAUCCAAGGAAUGUAUGCAAGGUGAAUGCGGGCAGGCCCUCCAGGAGCAUUCAACAAGGGCUUUAGCAAAUAUUUGUGGUGGGGUGUCUGCUCUUAUACUUUAUCUUGGAGAGCUUUCACAGUCAGCUCGCCAAUCUGCCCCAGUUGCUGAUAUUAUUGGAUCCCUUGCAUACACUUUAAUGGUAUUUGAGCAACAAUCUGGUGAUAGUAAGGAAUCUUUUAAGGUAACAAAGAUAGAGGAUAUUCUCGUAAUGCUGCUAAAGCCUUGUGAUAAUAAGGUUGUUCAAGAGCGUGUCCUUGAGGCCAUGGCUAGUCUUUAUGGCAACAGUCAUCUCUCAAAAUGGCUCAAUCAUGCAGAAGCAAAGAAAGUGCUUAUAGGACUUAUAACAAUGGCUGCUGCCGAUGUACAAGAGUCUCUAAUACUCUCUUUGACAAGCUUAUGCUGUGAUGGUGUUGGAAUCUGGGAGUCCAUUGGCGAGAGAGAGGGAAUUCAGCUACUUAUUUCAUUGCUUGGCUUAUCCAGUGAGCAACAUCAAGAAUAUGCUGUUCAGUUGUUGGGGAUCUUAACUGACCAGGUUGAUGACAGCAAGUGGGCUAUUACUGCUGCUGGUGGGAUUCCUCCUCUAGUGCAGUUGUUAGAGACAGGGUCUCAGAAGGCAAAGGAGGACGCUGCUCAUGUUUUGUGGAACUUGUGUUGUCACAGUGAGGAUAUUCGUGCUUGUGUUGAAAGUGCGGGAGCCAUUCCAGCAUUUUUAUGGCUUCUAAAAAGUGGUGGAACAAAGGGGCAAGAAGCAUCAGCGAUGGCCCUUACAAAGCUUAUCCAAACAGCUGAUUCUGCCACUAUUAACCAGUUGUUAGCUUUGCUCCUAGGUGACUCUCCAUGCUCAAAGGCCCAUACUAUCAGGGUGUUGGGUCACGUACUUACAAUGGCAUCACACAAGGAUCUUGUGCAUAAGGGCUCAGCAGCUAGUAAAGGGUUGAAGUCUCUCGUUCAGGUUCUCAAUUCAUCAAAUGAAGAAACUCAAGAGUAUGCAGCGUCUGUCCUAGCUGAUCUAUUCAGCACAAGACAAGAUAUUUGUGAUUCUCUUGCAACUGAUGAGAUUGUGCAUCCUUGCAUGAAGCUUUUGACCAGCAGCACGCAAGCUGUUGCAACACAGUCAGCUCGAGCUUUGGGUGCUCUUUCACGUCCUAUGAAGACCAAAACAAUAAGCAAGAUGUCGUAUAUUGCAGAAGGGGAUGUUAAACCCCUCAUUAAACUAGCAAAAACUUCUUCAAUUGACGCGGCUCAAACUGCAGUUGUUGCACUUGCAAAUCUUCUCUCUGAUCCCCAGAUUGCUGCAGAAGCUCUGGCAGAAGAUCUUGUUUCAGCUUUGAUAAGGGUACUGGGAGAUGGAACUACAGAAGGUAAAAAGAAUGCAUCCCGUGCCCUCCAUCAACUGUUAAAGCAUUUUCCAGUAGGUGAUGUGCUCACAGGAAAUGCUCAUUGCCGUUUUGCCAUCCUUGCUGUUGUUGAUUCCUUAAAUGCAUUGGAUAUGGAUGACACUGAUGCUGCUGAUGCUUUAGAAGUUGUAGCACUUUUGGUCAGAACCAAAAUGGGUGUGAACUUCACUUACCCUCCAUGGUCUGUAUUGGCUGAAGUUGAAUUGAGCUUAGAACCUCUUGUCCGCUGUCUGGCUGAAGGGCCUCCUUUGCUUCAGGAUAAGGCAAUAGAAAUAUUGUCUAGGCUUUGUGGGGAGCAACCAGUUGUUCUUGGUGAUCUAUUGGUAGCAAGAUCUAGAUCCCUUGGUUCACUGGCUAACAGAAUAAUGAACUCAUCCAGUUUAGAAGUCAGAGUUGGAGGGGCUGCAUUACUCAUUUGUGCAGCAAAAGAGCACAAAGAGCAGUGGAUGGAAGUACUUGAGGUGUCAGGAUAUUUAAAACCACUAAUGUAUGCUUUAGUGGAUAUGAUGAAGAAAAAUUCUAACUGCUGCUCCUCUCUAGAAAUUGAAGUCCGAACUUCUAAAGUCUUUAUGGAAAGACCUGCAUACCAUGAAGGGGUUGAGUAUGAUGUCCCUGAUCCAGCUGUUGUCUUGGGGGGUUCUGUUGCUUUGUGGCUGCUAUGUAUAAUUGGUUCUUGUAAUGCAAAGAGUAAACUCACCAUUAUGGAAGCCGGUGGUCUUGAGGCUCUUUCUGACAAGCUUGAGAGCCACACUUCCAAUCCACAGGCAGAAUUUGAGGAUACUGAAGGUAUAUGGAUUAGUGCCCUGUUUCUAGCUAUUCUCUUUCAAGAAGCCAAUGUUGUUUCAUCUCCUGCAACAAUGCGCAUCAUAGCUUCACUUGCACUUCUGCUGAGAUCAGAUGAGGUGGUUGAUAGGUUCUUUGCCGCCCAGUCGAUGGCCAGUCUUGUUUGCACUGGUAAUAAGGGAAUAAUUCUUGCCAUUGCAAAUUCAGGUGCUGUUGCUGGAUUGAUAACCCUCAUUGGUUAUGUCGAAUCUGAUAUACCUAACCUUGUUACUUUAUCGGAGGAGUUUUCUCUGGUGCAAAACCCUGAUCAAGUUGUCUUGGAGUACCUUUUUGAUUUUGAAGAUGUAAGAGUUGGUUCCACAGCACGUAAAUCUAUACCUCUCUUGGUGGAUCUCUUGAGACCAAUGCCAGAUAGACCUGGUGCCCCUCCAGUUGCUCUUAAACUCUUGACCUGUAUUGCUGAUGGAAGUGAUACAAACAAAUUAGUUAUGGCUGAAGCUGGAGCUCUGGAUGCACUGACAAAGUACCUGUCUUUGAGCCCACAAGAUUUGACUGAAGCUGCAAUAUCUGAUUUAUUCAGAAUAUUGUUUAGCCAUCCUGAUCUGAUUCGUAAUGAAGCAUCAGCUAGUUCGUUAAAUCAACUCAUAGCCGUUCUGCGUCUGGGGUCAAGAAAUGCUAGAUACAGUGCUGCAAGAGCUCUUCACGAACUAUUUGAUGCUGAGAACAUCAGAGAUUCUGAUUUAGCCAGGCAAUCUCUUCAGCCUUUUGUUGACAUGCUUAAUGCUGCAUCAGAGAAUGAACAGGAGGCUGCUCUUAUUGCUAUAAUUAAGCUGACUUCAGGGAAUUCUUCUACUGCAGCUUUGUUGACUGAUGUGGAGGGAAAUCCACUGGAGAGUUUAUUUAAAAUCCUUUCUUCUGCUUCAUCAUUGGACUUGAAGAGACUUGCUGCACAACUAUGUUGUGUACUGUUUGAUAGUACCAAAGUCAGGGGAAAUCCAAUUGCCUCUGAGUGUAUAGAGCCUCUUAUUUCCUUGAUGCUUUCUGGUAUAAAUGUAGCUGUGGAAGCUGGGGUGUGUGCCUUUGAAAAAUUGUUGGAUGAUGAACACCAGGUAGAGCUUGCAGUGAACUAUAAUGUUGUCAAUCUCCUUGUUGGAUUAGUUUCUGGUACGAACAGUCAGCUCAUUGAGGCUAGCAUCUGUUCUCUCAUAAAGCUGGGCAAAGACAGGACCAGAUGCAAAUCGGAUAUGAUCAAUGCUGGGAUUAUUGAUAACUGUCUUGAGCUACUCCCUGUUGCAGCCAGUUCAUUAUGCUCUUCUAUUGCUGAAUUAUUUCGCAUUUUAACAAAUACUGAUGCGAUUGCUAGAAGUUCAGCUGUUGCAACAAUUGUAGAACCCCUUUUCCUAGUUUUACUGCGUCCAGAUUUCAGUAUGUGGGGACAGCACAGUGCAUUGCAAGCACUAGUAAAUAUUUUGGAGAAGCCACAAAGCCUUGCUACUUUAAAGCUUACACCUAGCCAAGUCAUUGAGCCUCUAAUUUCAUUUCUUGAAUCCCCAUCUCCAGCCAUCCAGCAGCUCGGAACAGAAUUGCUAUCUCAUCUUCUUGCACAAGAACAUUUUCAGCAAGAUAUUACAACUAAAAAUGCAGUUGUUCCUCUUGUGCAACUUGCUGGAAUUGGAAUCCUGAACUUACAGCAAACAGCGAUAAUGGCAUUAGAAAAAAUCUCCACAAGCUGGCCGAAGGCGGUUGCUGAUGCUGGAGGUAUUUUUGAGCUUGGAAAGGUUAUUGUACAAGAUGAUCCUCAGCCACCUCAUGCAUUGUGGGAAUCAGCUGCUUUAGUUCUCUCUAAUGUUUUAUGCUUCAAUGCUGAGUACUACUUUAAGGUUCCUGUGGUGGUUCUUGUUAAAAUGUUGCAUUCAACAGUGGACAGCACUAUUACGGUGGCUCUCAAUGCAUUACUUGUACAUGAACGGAGUGAUAAGCUAAGUGCCGAACAGAUGACUGAAAAUGGUGUUAUAGAUGCCUUGUUGGACCUUUUAAGAUCUCAUCAGUGUGAAGAAGCAUCUGGAAGGUUACUUGAAGCUUUAUUCAACAAUGUUAGGAUACGGGCAAUGAAGGUUUCCAAGUAUGCAAUAGCGCCUUUAUCACAGUAUCUGUUGGAUUCACAAACCAAGUCACAACCUGGAAAACUUCUCGUAGCUCUAGCCCUUGGAGACCUAUCCCAACAUGAAGGGCUCGCUAGAGCCAGUGACUCUGUUUCUGCAUGUCGUGCAUUAGUAAGCUUGCUUGAAGAUCAGCCCACAGAAGAUAUGAAAAUGGUGGCAAUCUGUGCUUUGCAAAAUUUUGUCAUGAAUAGCAGAACAAAUAGGCGUGCUGUUGCAGAAGCAGGGGGUAUACUGGUUAUUCAAGAACUAUUACUGUCUCUCAAUGCAGAAGUUGCUGGGCAGGCAGCGUUGCUUAUCAAACUUUUGUUUUCGAAUCACACACUUCAAGAAUAUGUGUCAAACGAGCUCAUCAGAUCUUUGACAGCCGCAUUAGAGAGAGAACUGUGGUCAGCAGCAACUAUAAAUGAAGAGGUCUUGAGAGCCCUACAUAUGAUAUUCAUCAACUUUCCUAAGCUACAUAUUUCCGAGGCAGCCACCCUAUGCAUUCCCAAUUUGAUUGGAGCUCUUAAAUCUGGCAGUGAGGCGGCUCAGGAUGUUGUGUUGGACACCCUAUCCUUGUUGAGACAGUCUUGGUCCACCAUGCCAAUAGAAAUUGCGAAGUCUCAGGCCGUUGUUGCUGCUGAAGCCAUUCCCAUCUUACAAAUGCUUAUGAAAACUUGCCCACCAAGUUUCCAUGAGAGAGCAGACAGCCUGUUGCAUUGCUUACCAGGUUGUUUGACCGUUACAAUCAAGCGUGGUAACAACCUUAAACAGGCUAUGGGAGGCACAAAUGCUUUUUGCCGACUGACGAUAGGCAAUGGUCCUCCUCGACAAACCAAGGUAGUGAGCCACAGUACGUCUCCCGAAUGGAAAGAAGGGUUUACAUGGGCAUUUGAUGUGCCCCCAAAGGGACAAAAGCUCCAUAUCAUCUGCAAAAGCAAAAAUACCUUUGGAAAGUCCACACUGGGGAGAGUGACUAUCCAGAUAGAUAAAGUUGUGUCCGAAGGAGUAUACAGUGGAUUAUUCAGCCUAAACCAUGACAACAACAAAGAUGGAUCUUCACGUACACUUGAAAUCGAGAUUAUCUGGUCCAACAGAAUGCCUGAUGAUGAAAUGUGAGAAUCGGGUGUUUCUGAUAAAGCUGAGAUUGCCAGAAAAUAAUCCCAACCAUGCGGACCCUGGUUUGCUUGUAAUUAUUUUUAUGUUUUGAAAAGUCCAGUUUUGUAGUUUGAAAGAUCAAUCGGCUUGAGGAAGUGUAAAUUAUAUCAUUAGCUUGCAGAAACAAUAGAUUGGAAAUUCCCACGAUACACGGGGAAUAAAAGCUCAUUAGAUUCUUGUACAGGUCAGUCUAGCUAGCAAGUUAAAGAUACUCAAAGAUUGGCGUUUAGCAUUCGUGAAGUUCUUGGAAAGUUGGA